AUGGCGGAAGACCGAGAUUUGCUCGAUGCUGUCCAGCGGCUUUACGCCGCAGUGGAUAAUUUGUCCAACAAUGAUGACACUCUAGACGCCUGGAUAGCGAGAGAAGAAAAUGAAGAUCUAGCAGAUGGGGAGAAGGAAAUCGAGGCAGGCUUCCGAUCGCAGCGUCGAAGGCGCGAAGUCCAAUCUGAUGAGGAGCUGAAAGCUGAGCUCGAGCGAGAUUUUUUGAACCCUUCUCCUCGGUUUAGUAUCCCGUGGUUGAAUAAGUUGCAACAGCGAUGGGAAGUUCCUCUGGACUACACGAACCUCAUGGACCUGGCACCACCACAAACCCGUACAAUCAUCCGGUUUACCCGGGAAGGGCUGGAAGGCAAGGUUACUGGCUAUCACGAGGUAACUGUUCCUGCAAGCAGCGCUACUGCGAAAAAUUCUACGUCGCUGCUAAGGCGACCAGCAGGGCGUGCUGAUUUCGUCCGCGGUGCUGCCGGAUUCUUUCCGUUUGCACCUGGCGGACUGGAGGGCGUGGAAGCCAUUGCUGAACUUGAGUCUGAAGCCCAAAGUGAUGUGCAUCAGAAUUCUGCUGGAGGAAAUGCAUCGGGACUAGACAGAAUCAUUAAUUUUGGCGUGGAGGGUGGCCUGUUGGAAGUUCCUCCGGGGUUUUCUAGGGGGUCGAAAUUCGAGAAAACCAAACGCAAGGAUGAUGAAAGCGAUGCUCGAGAUGUUGAAAAUACAUUACAGCGGGAGGUGGAAGGCGUUAACGAACCGACGGAGGAGAGGCUUUCCCUUGGUGUAGAAAGAAACACCGGGACCGAUGAACAACUCCAAGAGGGCAUAUCCAGUGACGAAGAGGAACAAGAUAUUGAUUCUCUAUUACCAGUUGAAUACCCAGCUUUAGAACCAAGGAAUCAGCUCCUCACAUCCACUUCAAAGAAAGGGGGUAAAGAGUGGGCUCAUGUGGUGGACAUCAACAAGGAGAUUACGAAUUUUUACGACUUGGUACCGGAUAUGGCGAGGGAAUGGCCCUUUGAGCUGGAUACUUUCCAAAAGGAGGCAGUCUACCACCUGGAAAACGGAGAUUCUGUUUUCGUUGCCGCUCAUACAUCUGCUGGAAAAACAGUUGUGGCAGAGUAUGCGAUCGCACUCGCAGCCAAGCACAUGACAAAAGCCAUUUACACAUCACCGAUUAAAGCCUUGAGUAAUCAGAAGUUUCGCGACUUCAGAAAUACAUUUGAGGAUGUGGGAAUUCUGACCGGAGACGUCCAGAUUAACCCCGAGGCGAGCUGUUUGAUCAUGACGACGGAAAUUCUGAGGAGCAUGCUUUACCGCGGCGCUGAUCUUAUUCGCGAUGUAGAGUUUGUCAUUUUCGACGAGGUGCACUACGUAAAUGACCUGGAAAGAGGCGUGGUUUGGGAAGAAGUCAUUAUCAUGCUACCAGAACAUGUUACUCUAAUUCUUCUGUCCGCUACGGUACCAAACACAUACGAAUUUGCCUCCUGGGUAGGCAGGACUAAGAAGAAGGACAUCUAUGUUAUUUCAACCCCCAAACGCCCUGUCCCAUUGGAGCAUUACCUCUGGGCGGAUAAGAGCAUGCACAAAAUUGUCGACUCAAACAAAAACUUUAUCGAGAAAGGAUGGAAGAAGGUAGAUGACAUUCUAUCCGGGCGGGACAAACUUCGCACUCAGAAAGCGGCGGACGCCCAGUCCAAUAAUAACAGAGGUGGUCAUGGAGAUAGAGGUCGUGGUGGGCAGCCCCAACGUGGUAACCAACGAGGUGGGCCCCAGCGUGGUGGCACUCAACGUGGAGGCGUCCAACAACAACAACGAGGCGGUACACAGCAGCGGGGCAGAGGCCAACCUGCACCUCAUAGAGCCGGCAAUAUCGCCAGAACAGGUCGAGGCGGUGGGCGAACGACCGUUGCACAAGACAGAAAUGUCUGGGUCCAUCUGGUGCAACAUUUGCGAAAAGAAAACCUGUUACCCGCGUGUGUUUUUGUAUUUUCCAAGAAGAGAUGCGAGGAAAAUGCGGAUUCCUUGUCUAACCAAGAUUUUUGCACGGCAGCAGAAAAGAGUUCUAUCCAUAUGAUUAUUGAAAAGUCGCUGGCAAGGCUGAAGGCAGAAGAUAGAGUCCUUCCACAAAUUCGUCGGGUUAGGGAGCUGCUGAGUAGGGGUAUCGGGGUUCAUCAUGGUGGUCUCUUACCUAUCAUUAAGGAAAUCGUUGAGAUAUUAUUCGCAAAGACCUUGGUGAAAGUGCUGUUUGCGACGGAAACUUUUGCGAUGGGUCUGAAUCUGCCAACCAGGACUGUUGUAUUUUCUGGCUUCCGAAAACAUGACGGAAGGUCCUUUAGAGACCUUCUCCCUGGUGAAUAUACUCAGAUGGCAGGGAGAGCAGGUCGCCGUGGUCUUGACACAGUGGGAUCAGUGAUCAUUGUUACGUCUGGUAGGGAUGAGGCGCCACCCGCUAGCACUCUGCGACAAGCCUUGAAGAUUGAAGAAAUGAUCAAGCGAAGCUUCAGUGAAAAUGCAACGCAAGCGCUCCUGCCGGAGCACCAGAAACAAGUGCAACUAUCUGAGGCCAGUUUAGAGAAAAUAAAACGGGAGCCAUGCGCCAUAUGUGAUAUCGACAUGGAAGCUUGCCACAAUGCUGCCGUGGAGUAUUCGCGUCUCACUGCCAAACUUCAUAUUAAGCUCCUUGCAUCACCUGUGGGACGACGAUUAUUUUUAGCCAAGACAGUGGUCGUCUUUAAAAAGAACGGCGUCAGGACAGUUGGUAUGCUUGCUCGCGAAGGCAUGGCUCCUGGGCCGAACCUUAACCUAGAGGUGUUCGAAUUUGGCCCGAUCAAUGGUAGCCGGCAUCCAAGUGAUAUCCUUCCAUAUUUGCCAGCGUUUCGGCAUUUAUUUUCGCCACUGUCGACGGAACCCAACGAGAUGGUGCUGAAGACAUACAAGAUCCCGCUUGAAGACCUUGAAUGCGUAACUUCGACUGUUUUAAAAAUAGGUGGUCCAACAUGGUAUUUGAAUAUUAAGAAAGAAUCAUUGAAAGUUGCACAGAAAGACCUUGCCCCGUUAUGUACCUCGUGGAAAAGCAGGUCGUGGGACGAAUUGGCGUGGGACCGAGUCAAAGAUCUUCAAGUAGUCGAGAUCUUAAAUCAGCGACAGGCACAAGUUGUCAUCAUCGAAUCCAGCAAUUGUUUGCGAUGCCCACAAUUUCUGAAACAUUUUGAGAUGCAACAUGACGAAUGGCAGGUUAAAGAAAACAUCUCACAGUUAAAGCAAUUAAUGUCGGAUCAAAACUUGCAACUGUUACCCGACUACGAGCAGCGUAUUUUGGUCUUGAAGGAUCUUGGCUUCGUUGAUGAGGCUUGUCGAGUCCAAUUGAAGGGGAAAGUUGCCUGUGAGAUUCAUUCAGCCAAUGAGCUAGUCCUGACAGAAUUAAUUCUGGAAAAUGUGUUUGCAGAAUACGAGCCAGAAGAGAUCGUUGCUCUGCUGUCAGCCUUCGUCUUCCAAGAAAAGACGGAGAGCGUACCGACACUCACGCCGCGACUUGAAAAGGGCAAAGAGGCCAUAAUCAAGAUAUCGGAAAGGGUAAAUGACUUCCAAAUCCAGCACCAGGUCAUCCUAUCGAGUGAUGACUCCAAUGACUUCGUGAGCAAGCCCCGAUUCAGCCUUGUCGAGGUGGUGUACGAAUGGGCGCGGGGAAUGUCAUUCAACCGAAUCACAGAUUUGACAGAUGUGAUGGAAGGAACGAUUGUACGUGUUAUCACACGGUUAGACGAAACCUGUCGGGAGGUAAAGAGUGCUGCUAAGCUGGUGGGCGAUCCAACACUCUAUAACAAGACGCAACAGGCACAAGAGCUGAUCAAGCGCGACGUAAUAUUCGCCGCGUCCCUUUACAUGUAA